AUGCCCAAACCCGUGAAGGACGGGCGUCCGCGCACCACAUCCCAAGCCGUCCUUGCCUGGAUAUGCGGUCCAGGUAGGCGCAUGGCUACGACGGCUACACUGCGCGUCGCGCAUCAGAUUAGGAGGAAUUUAACCCUGAGGCGGCUAUUGAGCUUUCCGCAUUUUUUGUUCUUGUUUUGGGUCGUGAUUUUGCUAUGGGGUGAAAGAUGGGUGUUCGACUCCAAGGUUGCGAAGUGCGAUUGGGAGAAUUGGGAGAAUUGGCCCAAAGAGGCAAACCCCCAUCACCUCAUCUUCGUCGCCGAUCCCCAACUUAUCGAUCCGCACUCGUAUCCCGGUCGACCCUGGCCUCUGUCGCCGCUCACUGUGCUGGUGACGGAUAACUAUAUGCGACGCGGAUAUACCGCAUUGCAACGCCAAUUAAAGCCUGACAGUGUCUUCUUCCUGGGUGAUUUGUUCGACGGUGGCCGAGAGUGGAAGACGCGGCAGGGCGCCAAAUUUGUCGAUCCAAAAUGGGGUGGCGAGCGGUCCGCAACUGAGAAGAAGUGGGUGAAGACAUGGCAUCGCAAAUAUGAUGAUGACUAUUGGAUUCGAGAGUAUCAGAGAUUCAGCAACAUAUUCUUUGCCCCAUUUAAUGAGGCCGGCGGUGUUCCUGGGCCAUAUCAGAGGGGUAGGAAGCUGGUUGCCAGUUUACCUGGAAAUCACGACCUUGGCUUCGGUGCUCAGAUUCAGGUGCCUGUUCGUGACAGGUUUAGUGCUUUUUUCGGUGAAACGAACCGUGUUGACGUUGUGGGAAAUCAUACCAUUGUGUCGGUAGAUACGGUUUCGCUGAGUGCAGAUACCUCCCGGUACAAGGAUGAGCAUGAUUUAAAGCCCAUAUAUGGACCAGUCCAUGAAUUCUUAGACCAGGUCCAGGCGACCAAGCGAAAGGCUGCUCAACAGGAAUUAGCAGUCUGGCAUGGAGUGGACCGGGGGCUGAAGUUACGACAUAAGGUUGAGGACGUCAACGAGGCGGACUUAUCACGGUCACCAAUGGACCCAGGAGAGGGGGCGCCUGACUUUCCUACGAUUUUGCUUACCCACGUCCCUCUAUACCGAGAACCCGGCACGCCUUGCGGUCCUCACCGCGAACACUGGCCACCGAGCAAGUCGACCCUGAGAAAGGAUGGAACUGUCGAUCCCACCGCUCGUGAUGAUCGCAAUGCUAUCAGCGUCAGUGCAGGCUACCAGUAUCAGAACGUUUUGAACGACGAAGAUUCGGUUAAGCUGAUUAAGAAGAUUGGCAACGUUGUACACGCAUUUUCAGGUGAUGACCAUGACUACUGCGAGCUCGUGCAUUCCUCUGCCCAGGAAAACGUUCCUGAGAUUACCGUCAAGAGUAUCAGCAUGGCCAUGGGAGUGCCAACCCCAGGAUUCGUCAUGGUCAGUCUGUUCAACCCAAUUGACGCCCAUGGCAAACCUAUUCCAAACUCGCCUGAGAAAACAAUUCAAACCCAUCUCUGCUUACUUCCGAAUCAAUACCACACGUACAUGAAGUACAUUACUUUUAUUAUCGUGUCCGUCGUCCUACUAUUAAUCCGAGCAUAUCUUGUUCCCGCCCUCCACCUCACACCCUUUGCCCUCGAACCCGAGACUCACGCGGCUCCUAUGCUACCUAUAUACAAGGACAAGGUGAAGAUGGAACCACCCGAAUACGGCGCUCUCCGAUCACCAGCGGCAGCCACAUCCGGCGCUAGGAGCCAGGCAAACGGCGGAAAUGCGAGAUGGGCUUCCAAGAAGAGUAAAAAUGGCCAACGAUGGGGAUGGAGCAAUGGGAAUGGCGGCCCGCGUAUUACCCUCGAUGACCACUUCUACGACGGUGGCAAAGCUAACAGGGGAAGGAGGGAAUUGCGCUUACUAGGGAGGGAGUUGUGGACGACUACGUGGCGCUUGGCCUGGUUGACGGUAUUAUAUUGGGCAUAUCUGGCACGGAAGGGCUGA